AUGCCCUCCCUCCACGACAUGCUGGCACUGCUCCUCACCCUCCAGCUCUACCUGUACAGCUGCGGUGCCCUCGCCCCUCAGGUGGCACUCAGGAAGCCAUGCCCUUCCUGCCCCGGCUCAGCAGGGGUCACGAAGGGUCACGUCACCGUGCCCCAGUCAAAGGAGGAUGGCACAGCGGUGCUGGCAUUGGGGGAGCCCUGCGGGGUGUACACCCUCUCGUGUGGGCGGGGUCUUCGCUGCAUGCCCCCUGAUGGGGACCAGAGCCCCCUGCAGGCACUGCUUCAGGGCAGGGGGAUCUGCAGAACCAUGAAGAGCACCAUGGAUACCCCUCCUCCUAAAGAACCCAGGCCUCCAUUAAGCGACAGCACGGAAAAGGGUCCGUGCCGUAAGCUGCUGAACUCAGUGCUGCAGGGAAUCGACCUCACCGCCAUCCACCUGGACCACGACAUCUACAUCCCCAACUGCGACCGGCACGGCUUCUUCAGGAGGAAGCAGUGCCGGUCAUCGCGGGGCAUGCAGCGGGGUCAGUGCUGGUGUGUGGACGAGAGGGGCAACAGGGCCCUGUCCCGGCACAGAGAGGACGGGUCUGUGAUCUGCAGCAGCACCUGAGCCAAGCAGAACCAUCAGAACUGAGGACUUUUGUGUGGAGUGAUAGGAUGGGAGUGUGUAUUUAUACAUGUUGAAACAGACAGAGAGAACAUGGGCUUUUUUAACAGGCCUACAGCGCCCUCUAGUGGGUUCUUCAGCGGUACAUAAGUGUCCUUGUUCACAUUUCUAGAGGGGGCAUGUUAACAUGUCACGUCUUAGCACAGAAAAUAAUUUUAAACAGAUUAUCAGUUCAGAUCAUUCAUUCAGGGGAUAAGCAGUAUAUACACUUUAUAUAUAUAUAUAUAUAUAUAUAUAUAUAUAUAUAUAUAUAUAUAUAUAUAUAUAUAUAUAUAUAUAUAUAUAUAUAUAUACACACUCACUGUAAAAAAUAAAAUAGUUACACCCGGAGUUAACUGAUAGGAAUGAAACUUGGUGGGUAGUUGUGCCAGAUAUGGAGUCAUGGAGUCCAAAGGCAAGAUAGUUUGUUAUCAGGCAACACAUGGGGUGGAGUGGACUUUACUAGAUCCACUGCCAGAAAAUGUAAGGGAAGCUAUUGGACGAGUUACACAACACUCCACCCCUACCGUAAAAAAAUCUGAGUGAGAGUAUUUGAGCUCAUGGGAUGAAUUAUUGCAGGACUCUAUUGCAACCUCUACAACUCCAUGCCCAGAUGUUUGGCAUGUUGGAAUUUAACACGUGUUAUACUAAACUACUUCUACUUCUACUACUACCACUACUUUAGUCUUAAUUAUUUAAUGUUCCUGGUAACUUUGGUAAAUCUUCAGGGUGCAACUAUUUUUGCAACCAUUUCUUAGGCAAUGAGUUUGUGUGUAUCUAUAUAUUCAUAUAUUCACAAUAUAAUAUAACCCUGCCCAUGACUGGAGUGUGUUUGCUAACUGCAUAGUUACAGACCUCUUAUUACAGAACUACAGUUUAGAAUAUUUAGAGUAUUAUUGUCAUUCCCAUCACAUUUUGUUGACAUUCUUAUACAAUGUUUUUUUUAUGUAUGUGUACAUAUAUUUAAUGCGUUUUAUAUAACACUGACUUUUAUAAGCACUAUAAUUCUAUUAUUCUCACUUUUACUUUUACUACAGAGGACAGAAGCUGUGUACAGCCUAUUUUCAUAAAAUAUGUAUACCUAAAUUAAAAUUGAGACAUUUAUUUAUUGAUCUUUCUUUUUUUUUUUUUUUUACAUGUUUGUCAUUGUUAUUUAUCUUUUAUUAAGUAGAAAUCACAGCUUUUGGGGGAUGAAAUAAAUGGAAAAAAAGUCAUAAAUGCUACAAAGGUAGUAAAAACUACAGGCUGUGAUUUCUUCUCCAUCCUUUUGUAUGAAAAUAUUCAUGGUGAUGUUGCUAUUUUCAAACACUCUGACAUAAAUAAGUGUCAAUAAAGCACUGUAAUGAAAUA